CAGCUAUCAUGUAAUGAUUUUACAGGUCGGAGUUAAAUAUGACUAGAUAGUGAAAAGUGAUUCGAUAUUCGGCCGGAGUCGGAGCUAAAUAUGACUAGAUAGUGAAAAGUGAUUCGAUAUUCCGCCGGAGCCGGAGCUAAAUAUGACUAGAUAGUGAAAAGUGAUUCGAUAUUCGGCCGGAGCCGGAGCUAAAUAUGACUAGAUAGUGAAAAGUGAUUCGAUAUUCGGCCGGAGCCGGAGCUAAAUAUGACUAGAUAGUGAAAAGUGAUUCGAUAUUCGGCCGGAGCCGGAGCUAAAUAUGACUAGAUAGUGAAAAGUGAUUCGAUAUUCGGCCGGAGCCGAAGCUCAGCCUCGUAUCACAGGACGGCCUCAGAUGCCUGUGAGUAGCCAUGUCAGAGCUGACUAAGAGGUUAAGUACAGAAGGGUUAUCAACUGUGUUUUGAUUUUUCUAAUGUCUGACAAUGACAAUUUCUGGAUAAGACCAUGUUAAAGAGUUCAGUUUGUAUUAAAACAAGGAUCCAGUGGCUGGCAGUGAUAAGUUUCUUCCUCGUGUUCCUAGUUUUCUUUUCUCUAAAUCAAACGAGCGGAACACUUUGGGCAUCUUUGAACAAUAAGGCUGUGUCGUACAACGAUCGAGAAACGAGUUCUAUUAAGGUUACAACUGGGACACAAUGGCGUCAGGUCAGUUUGGCGGAUGCUAUAAAGUCUUUCUCUGACCAGACGAUGGACGCCUGCAAUAACACCUGUGACAGAAGUGACAACUCUUCUGAUUGUUCUACUUUCACCAAGGAAGACUGGAGCACGCGCCUUACUGCUGAAGACUUUAUUGUGAGACCUUUUCUGAAAGAUGGAAUGUAUAUUUAUGAGUUUGAAAAAGAAUACUUGAGUUAUCCCCCGUUGGAAGAUAUGAAGCAGUUACCGGACUUGAAUUUAUCAACAAUCACAGUGUUUGGAAGUAUUAACGACACGGUCCAUUGUGACAUUGGUGACGUCAUUAGAGGACGCGUGGACCUGGUGGACAGCUACGGCCACUCCAGACACAGAGGAGGAGACGAGGUGAGAAUGUGGUUGGUCAGCAAGUCAAAGAAACAGUUCAGAACUUCGGGUCACGUAACAGAUUUGAACAACGGCAGUUACCUGAUAACUGGACACUGCCUUUGGCCAGGUAACAUCCAGAUCAAUGUAGCAGUUGUGUAUCCACGAGAGUACAUCAGGACAGUCAUACAUCAAGCUCAACUGUCAGCUUCAAGAUUUAUUUAUGGAAACUUCAUCAGGAACACUACACAAGAAGCUACAAUCUGUUGGAGUUUGCCAAAUAUUAUUGGAAGGUCCUGUGUCUGCAACUUGACAUAUCUUACUGGUCAGCCUUUCUAUUGCGGCCAACCAGUUGAUGCCAGACUUACGUGCAAGGACUGGGCUGCUACCUCAGCAGCGCCCUUGAUACAACCUAUAAACGUGACGAUGCAAGAGAGGAACCUGAUUCUAAAGAUACCAACUCGACACAUUUUGGAGCGUGCUGUUCCACAUAGUAUACAAGUGUUGGCCAAGGAGAGAGGUCAACUUCCUAAACUUAAAUCUUGCUCGCAGACCUCAUUAAAAGUUACCUGGAAUCUUACAACACCAGGUGGAUUCUGGGAUCCAAAUAUGAACUGGAUGUCUCUGCACUGUGAGAGACCUGGAAUGUCUUCUCCCUGGGCGAUGAGCUGUCUCAAGAACACUACUAUAUUAAUUAUUGGAGACUCCAAUGCUGUGAGACUGUUUAGGGCACUCAGUCAAAUUACACACUGCACAGGGCUAUCAUCAUCUCUAUGGCCCAAGGCUGGAACUUGUAGGAACAAAGACGCAAACAUUAUCCUAUCCUUUACACCACACGAGUUACCACUAUAUCAGCAUUCUUCCUGGACCCCAAAACUAAAUUACAAGGGCGUUGCCGAACAGAUUUCAGCUACACCGUCUGUUGGUAAAUACAUCAUCAUUGUUCACUACUAUCUACAUGCGACACCAUCGCAUCUCAGCGUCGUCCAUUCAAGAAUCAAAUCUUUGGCUGAAGCAAUAAGACACCUUGCACGCAGAAACCCGGAUGUACUUUUUGCUUUCCGGGGUCCUCACGUGACUUCAUUCGACUGGGACAUAAAUCACACAAUAGGAGGAGACAGUUUGGGUACAUUGUACUUACAGCUUAUACAAGAAACCUUCCAGGACCUUAGAGAUAAAAUAGUUUAUCUUGAUGGCUGGGGAAUGACAAUAGCUCUAGAGAAUGCUGAAUUUCACCCCACUGACAGAGUGCCACAGGAAAUGAUAAGGACUUUGCUGUCAUUUAGAUGUAAUGAAACAGGAUAUGUACCAAGAUAAAUAAUAAUAGUAAUAAUAAUAGAUAAUAUUAGUGCCUGCUUUUAUUUAAAUCAAAUGUUUGAUGAAAUAGAUAUAUUUGUUUUUAUUAUUAUAUUUAAAAAAAUGUAGCGUCAGUGUCGUGGCAAGGGUUGGUGUCACGGGGUGCGGUGACUUAAUGGUGUUCCUUCUGUCUCUGAGGUCCCAAGAAAGACAAAAAGAGAAAGACAAUUAAGCAAUGGGUCACAAAUACCAUCUUUGAUUUGUGUGAUGGAAGGAGAGAACUUGGAAAGACAUAGAAAUAAAAAGUUAAUCCCCUUUCUGGCAGAGGAAUAUAUAUCAACCAACAAGAAAUUAAAAAUAAUGUCGGCUUAAGAAAAAUGGACCAGUAACCAGUGCAAUUAAAUGGACAGUGGUUGGAAAGGUGGCAAUAGAAAAAAAAAAUCAUUCAAAAGAUUAAAAGCUUUAACCAACGCAAGACAAGCUAUAACCACAGUGAAAAAAAAAACAACAACGAUGGAACUCUCCUGACUGAAAAGGGAGAUGUGCUUGGAAUGUGGACAGAAUAUUGUAAAGAUCUGUAUAACUUAGAGAUAAAUCCCAACUUAAGUUUAAUGAACAAAACACAUAAGGACAACGGAGACCAUGGCCAGGCUACAACAUUAGAGUCACAAGUAGAGUAUUAUUGAUUUUGCCAUUUCUGGCUUUUGUAUAUUUGUUUUAGUCCUGUAGGAUAAAAUUAGCUAUUUAAUAGCUUGUCUAGUUUUUCGAUCUAAAUGUGACAGACUGACAGACACGAUAAAAAAAACUAAUAGCUGCUUUUCAACUUACGAAGUCACUAAAACAAAUAUGAAGAUUAUUUGAGAAACUUUGGGAACUAACGUAGUCCAACAUUUUGUCAGUCAAAAUAGGCCUAUUUAAUAAUUAAUUAAUUAAUAUUAUUAUUACUUUAUAUGCUGGACUGCUUGGGUUGUGCUUCUCUUUUUGAUUAGGGUUGCAUGACAAACAGUUUUUUGAACUAUCAGAUUUUACUUUAAAAAUUUCCCAUGUCAGACCAUGUGGUCAACAGGGCAGAUGGUGUAAAGUUCAUAUGUUUCUGUGGCCAAUGGCUAACGAGAGUGUCCUGUAUCCAGCACAAAGACCAAUCACCUUUACUUUUCCCAACUAAUGUCAGGAACACAUUAGAACUGGGUGGACUCCGAGGAGCGCUAGAGAUCACAAAAUUAAGAAUAUCUUCACUAGGAUUCGAACCCAGGAAGCCAAGCGCUUUACCAUUCUGACGCCGCCCCUCCUAGAUUUAAUUUAACUAUAUACACAUGUUUAAAAAAUUAAUAAUGUUUUUAGCGUUUUAAACAUUUAAAAGUAUAAUAAAAACAACAAA